CGCCUCGAGCGCGGAAACACGAGCCUUGCCCCGAGACACACACUACUUCACGGCACACACACACACACACACAGCGAUGAAACGGUGAGGGAUCAAUAAGAACACCUAUAAGAAGUCAGUCCUGUGGAACUUCUCAAAGAUGUCGCCAUGACCCCUGGACUGUAGAACCGUGGAGAUUAGUUUGCGUGAAACACAUCUUUCUAAACUCACAGACGCAUCGUCAGAUUACACUGAAACAUACACAGAGACACAGAAGCAGGCCCAAUGGCAUCCUACACCUCCACUCCUAGCCAAGAUCCUGCUUCGCAGGGAACUAAUGGUGCAGUGGCACUGAAGGCUGGUGGCUCCGAGGAAUCCAUGAAGCUGAAGAAGGAGAUCUCCCUCCUCAAUGGAGUGUGCCUAAUCGUGGGCAACAUGAUCGGCUCCGGCAUAUUUGUGUCCCCGAAGGGUGUCCUCAUGUACAGUGCAUCCUACGGACUGUCGCUGGUGGUGUGGGCCAUUGGGGGCGUGUUCUCCGUGUUCGGGGCUCUCUGCUACGCCGAGCUCGGCACCACAAUCACCAAGUCGGGCGCCAGCUACGCCUACAUCCUGGAGGCAUUCGGCGGCUUCCUGGCCUUCAUCCGGCUGUGGACUUCUCUACUGAUAAUUGAGCCCACCAGUCAGGCCGUCAUCGCCAUCACCUUCUCCAACUACAUGGUGCAGCCCAUCUUCCCCACCUGCAUUGCACCCUACAUUGCCAACCGUCUGCUGGCUGCCGCAUGCAUCUGCCUGCUGACCUUUGUGAACUGCGCCUAUGUGAAGUGGGGGACACGCGUCCAGGACUUCUUCACCUACGCGAAGGUCAUUGCCCUCAUUGCAGUCAUCAUUGCUGGGCUCGUCAGGAUCUUCCAAGGUCAGACGCAGAAUUUCGAGGGCAUGUUUGAGGGCUCGUCGCGGGACCCCGGCGAUGUGGCUCUGGCCCUCUACUCUGCUCUCUUCUCCUACUCAGGCUGGGACACCUUGAAUUUUGUCACAGAAGAGAUCAAGAACCCCGAGAGGAACCUGCCCCUGGCCAUUGCCAUUUCCAUGCCAAUAGUGACCGUGAUCUACAUCCUGACCAACGUGGCUUAUUACACAGUUCUCGACAUCCCUGCCAUUCUGGACAGCGACGCUGUGGCCGUGACUUUUGCAGAUCAGGUGUUUGGGGUAUUGAACUGGACCAUCCCGCUCGCUGUCGCCCUCUCCUGCUUUGGAGGACUCAAUGCGUCCAUCCUGGCUGCCUCACGGUUGUUCUUCGUGGGCUCCAGGGAGGGCCAUCUCCCCGACUCUCUGUGCAUGAUCCACGUCCACCGCUUCACCCCCAUUCCCGCCUUGCUCUUCAACGGGGCCAUGGCUUUGAUUUACCUGUGUGUGGAGGACAUCUUCAAACUCAUUAAUUACUACAGCUUCAGCUACUGGUUCUUCGUGGGGUUGUCCAUCCUGGGUCAACUUUACUUGCGCUGGAAAGAGCCUGAUCGAACCCGCCCGCUGAAGCUUAGCAUCUUCUUCCCAGUGGUCUUCUGUCUCUUAACCGUGUUCCUGGUGGUGGUGCCACUCUACAGUGACACCAUUAACUCCCUGAUUGGCAUCGCCAUUGCCCUUUCGGGAGUGCCCGUUUACUUUUUGUGCUGCAAUACACCUGCCCAGCGGAGGCCCCUGUGGCUUCGCAAAGCCAUCGCCUCUUCAGCUCUGCUUGUUCAGAAGGUCUGCUAUUCCGUAUUGACGGAGAUGGACGUUGACGACAAACACCAAUAACGCUGUGAAACAGAGACCUUUGAUCGACAUUAACCAGAUGCUGACAGGAGGAACAAUCCCACUCAUCUGCAGAAAGACAGACUUAAGCGUAAUGCAGCAUCAAGACUGACACUGGAGCCAAUCUGAUCAUCACAUGACCAUAAAGACAGGAUGACUCCUGAGCGCAGCAAUGGGGGAUGUCCUUUCAGAGAAGCAUCGCCACAUUGACAAUCCGCUAGUGAUGAAAAUAAGUUGGUUAUUUAUAUAUAAAGUCAAAAACAUACAUCUAGGUCUAAUCUGUCAAGUAGCAGUGGAGAGAAUGUUAAUUCCGUAUGGGUAAAAAUAUGUCUUCUUUGUAUACAUAGUUAUUAAAACACACUGCUCUCGCACAACUCAACCCCGGCUAAGCCGUGAUUGGCUGAAGAGUUCCGGAUCUGAGGAGUAUAACAGUUCGAAUGGCACAGAAGGAUGUUGUCAAAGGAAAUUAAAGGUUUGGGGAUGUGGGGAAUAAAAUUCAAACACGGAAAGGGAGAC